UUCUGGGGGUUGCUUAUUGUGCUUGGCCAGCUCCUGGCCUGGCUUCUGUGAAAAUAUGGCUUUGUAGAUACUUUGUUAUUUUGGAUAGUUAGAUUUGUAUAUACAGGUUCACUUAUACAUGUGCAUAAAGCCAACUGUUUUCUUACAAAAUAUAUGAAAGAUUCAGCAAAGACAUUGGGAAAAGAAAAGUAUAUAAAUCUCACUUUUUCAGCAGUUAGAGAUAGGUUUCUGCCUAGAUUAGGCCUAUAAGAUUAAGUUUCCUGGGUGCUGAGCAGUGUUAAGUGAGGCAGAACUAGCCGCAGCUCUGCAGUGUGUUUUCUGGGGACAGCAAAUAAAACAGGGAGGCCAUAUCUGAGUGGUCAGGUCCUGCUGCUUACAGAGCUCAGACAGGGCAAAUGCAACAGGCGCAGGCAGGACCCACACACUGCAUCAGCCCUUGGAGUGUCCCCGCAGGAGCACUGUGAUCUGAAGUCACCUUGGCUAUGGUGCCCUGUCUCCAGAAACAGAAGUAGCUUUCUUGGUCACUUUGCAUCAGUGAUUCUCAACCUGUGGGCCAUGACCCCUUUGGGGCUCAAACGACUCUUUCACAGUGGUCUGGGGUCACCUACGGCCAUUGGAAAACACAGCUAUUUACAUUAUGAUUCGUAACAGCAAAAUUAUAGUUAUGAUUUAGUAACAACUAAAUUGUCUGGCUGUAGGUCACCACAAGAUGAAGGACUGUAUUAAAGGGCCACAGCACUAGGAAGGUUGAGAACCACCGCUGUGAGGUUCAGCAACUGUAGAGGAAAGUGAAUGAGAAGAGGGAAAGCUGGUGGUCACGGUAACAGAGAAGGACAGUUUCAGAGGUGGCUCUUCCAGGUUAGAAGGCCAGGGCACUAAUGGUCUACACAAAGCUGACCAAAGAGGACCCUGCCAGGUUUAGAAACUGUUGCUAGAGUUUCGUUCAGAAACUCCCUCGGUAUAGUUUGUUAAAGUGUGGGCUGUGAAUGGGAACUGUGAGUUGGUUAGGUAAUAGUUGGUUUGAGAGCUACCUGCUUUCUCCACCCCCAAUAAGAUGAUAUGACACUGUUUAAAUUCUCAUAAAUAACUCACUCGGUAGUCUUCCAUAGCUUCCUGAAAGGAGGAGCUGCAGUGGUUGACAGAUAGUGGAUUCAGAGUGUAGGCAAGCAAGGAGCCUGUCUGCCAUCAGUUUGCCUCAAUCCCGCACUACAACUUUGAAAAGUACAAGUGGCAUGGGGAAGCCCUCAGCUUGUAGACUAAGGAGCCAGUGUUAACAUAAAACAAUAGAAGACUAAAGAACAGUAUUAACAAUCAGACCUGUGGAGGGACCUUGAGAACCAAAAUACCAGCUACCUACUGAAGUGCUGGCUAAACUAAUAGUUGAUUCCUGAACUGGGAGAUGAAGUGUGGGUUCUCUGAGAAUGGAGUUUAAAGGGACAACAUCAAAGAUGCUGAGUGCCAUUAGAAGACGAAGCCAGAAGUCUCAGCAUUCACCUGCUCUAGGGUUUCAGAGGGGUGAAUAGAGCCAGGAGGGCAGAUCCAUGAGGAGGAAAAGGGGAGUCACUGAUCAGAAGCACAGGUAGUGAGUGUGUGUUGAUACCACAAGGGCAGAGAGCAGCUCUACUGGGCUAAUAGAGCACAUGCCUGCCUCAGAUCAAAUGAGGCAGAGCGUUGAGUUCUUGGAGCGGACCUAAGACAGGCUCACACUGUCCUGUGAUAGCAGUAAGGCCUACAGCACAUCCGGGCUCCAGAACAAUCCCGUGUAGAGUAAAGGGUUCAGAAAGGAAAGCCUGUGCAGGCUCUGGACAUGGCGGCUUCCAUUCCUAGUGUCGUCCUCAGGUGUGGGAAGUAGAUGACAGGCCACAGCGUGUGCUGCUGUGUCCAAUAUCAUGCAAACCUCCAGUAUGCUUUGUUGACUUUCUGAAGAUGAACAGGGUAAGAGACCUACCCCCUUUCAAAUGGCAGUUGAGCUGUCAGGUGUGGAGAGAAGGACCUAAGGCAAUACCCAGCAUCCAUAGGAGAAAGGUGAGUCAUAAAAGUGCCAGGCAUCCCUAAACAUCUGUGUAGUGUUGCUUAAGCUCGGCAGGUAUUGGACAGUAUUUCUCAGGAGGAGUAGCUCUAUGAGCAGUAAGCUUCUUUAAAGGAAGAGCUGAGCAGGACCUUGGUCUAGCUACACUCUGACAUGCCCAUCAUGAUUAAAGAAGAUGCUCUUUGAUACACAGGGAUAAUGGAGUGGAAAAAUCAGAAGUAGUUAUAAGUACCUUAGAUUGUGAUACAAGAAGACACUCUUCAAAGAUUAAACACAGGUGCCCACUCACAACUCAUUCAGAAAGCUGCACUGAGGACUUUUCUCUGCUUGUUUGGAAGGCCAGCUUUGGGUCUGAGAAGGCACGUGUGCUCCUUGGCAUUGUGACUGCUCUCCAGGAGGAUGAAAAAGAAAGGUGAAAGUUCUCCUGAAAGAGCUGUGGCUCUGUGUGAACACUGCACACAGACUAUCUGGGGAGAGCAGCAGACGCAUCCCAGAAAAACCCACCAAAGGAAACAGUGCACCCAGAGAGUCUGGGCAAGAUGAGCUGCUCCCAGUGCCAGGCAGCCCUUCCAGGGCCUCAGAUAUGCGCUCUUUCUUCACCAAGCUGUCCAUGGAGAUGGAGGGUGACUUCACUUCCUCGGAAAGUGCAGAAGAAGAGCUGCCCACUGGGGCAGGCCCCAGCACUGAACAUGUUUUUUGUGAGGAGAGGCAUCCUGAAGUCUCAGGGCAGAGGCCUGAUGACAGCAACCGGACUGAUGUUUAUGACCACGAACACUUUUUUGAUGAUGAUCUUCAAGCUGCAAUUGACUUCUUCAAACUUCCGCCUCCUCUUCUGUCGCCAGUGCCCUCACCCCCUCCGAUGGCGUCAGGACCUUUACCAUCUUCCCUGGCACCUGAAUCCUUCUUUGGAGAAUUCACGGAUUCCAGCGAUAGUGACUCUGUCCCACCUAGAGACUCUCUGGAAUCGGCUUUGGAAGAUUACACAGCAGAGUCACGGGGUUAUUUUGACUUGCUUGAAAAAAUUAAAAGGAGUGAUAUGUGUAUAGAGACGCCCGGGCCACUGGGAACUGCCCAAGCUGUAAACAAACUGACACCUCUUGGAGUUGUUACUGGAAAAGCAGCACUGGGAGAACCCUCAGCCACAUCUUCUCUAGCUUGGGGAAGGCACUUGACUGCAUCGUCUGAAUUCCUGAGGGACAGAGGAGAUGCUGUAGAAGACGCAGAGAGAAAGGUGGAGGCCAGGGAGGUGGAUAAGUCUGUGCAAGUUGGGAAAGGGCUACGGAAGCACAAUAGGAGGCUGUGGCUGGAGGUGACAUCCAGAGGUCCAGCAGCACAGAAGGAAGCAGGAGCUGGGCCAUCAGAAGUUUGGUUUUCUCCCCUUGGCAAGAGGACCUUCAGUGAACUCAUAGACUCUGAAGGAAAAACCCUGUCAUCAAAGGCUUUGUGUCCAUCCCAGUCAGAAUUUUCUAAACGGAUACUCACCGAUGGAUUUGUUCCCAAGUCACACUGUGUGACAGGCUCUGGCCAUUUUCAAAGAAGGGAAAGAGAUGUGCAGGAGUCCACUCCACAGUCAGGCGCGUGUGUAGCUGCAGCAGGUCGUGACCGUUCAGCCAGUCUUUCUUCCUCUUCCUCUGCUACCUCCAUACCAGUGUCUAUCUUCAGUAACCGCCAGACUUCAUGGCCAGGGUGUGUCAGUGUAGGCACUCCAGCAGAAGUAACCUGCAGAGACCUGCAUCAUUCAGAACAAAAGUCACCAACUAGAACUUUAAACACAUUUCUGCGGUCUGAGCCAACAGCACAUCUAAAAGAAAAUGACCCAAAAAACAGCUUGUCUACUUUGAGUUCAAAGUCAAAAUUAGGAACAUCUACCUUUAGUGAUUGGAAGAGCAAGGGCCUGGAAUCCUUCAGCAUUUUCAAAAGCACAGCGAAGGGACACUCACUUCCCCAGUCAGUAUUUCAGAAGCCAACAGGAGGUGGACAGUGUGGAGGCCGAGGUCCAGGCACUACACUCAUACUGCCUAAGUCAGACUGGACUUCAUUGGCACGUUCGCAAGCUGGCUUCACCAGAAGGAGCCCUGGUUCUGCUGACAGCACCUCCUGGCACCGCAGUGAUAUCCUAAGGCGAGGUAGUGGGGGCAGUCCCAGAGCUACCUCAGAAUACCAGCAAAGGGCCAGGCUUCAGCUAGAGAAGGAGGCACCAGCUUCACAGAACAGCAGGCUGACAGCUAUGCUUGGACCUCCUGGAGAAAGUACCAUUCCUCUGGGACUUAAGGCAGCUGCUGCUUUGCUGCCAAACCAAGUGUCAGUCAUAACAAAGCAGGCAAGACCCAAGAGAGUGCUGAGUAGCAGCCUGGAACCCUGGGGGCCGUGUGGGAGCACACUGAGCUCUGCUGUAAAUGGUGGCAAGGGGAUAGCUCUUACGCCAUCAGUAUCAGCCUGUGUUCGAGAUGGAGACCCCACAGCACAGGUCUCUGAGCAGGUAACUGAUGAAGAAGUCCCUUCUCCAGAAGUUUCAGUGUCUUGGCGAGAACCUAAUUGUGAUUCUCCUGGUGGCUCCUUGCUCGCAGAGAAUUUCGAUUGUUCCACAGAUCGUAAGUUACCGUUCUCCUCUGAGGACAACCUCUUCCAGUGUGUCGUGAAUGAACACUUGCUGCAGCAGCCCAGGAAGUCUCCCCAAACCACACAGCCAGGUGCCAGUAGGCUGGAGGCGGGGGAGCUGAUUCCAUCUGGGGUGACAUCAGGAGUCUUCCCUGCUGAACAGAUGCCCCAUGGACCCCGACCCCAGGCCAACACUGAAGCCCCUGUAGCUGCUCCCCGGAAUGCCAGUGCACCUCUCAUAGUGCCAAGCAGGGGUCCUCUCAGAGCUCGUGUGCCCGUGGGCCCUGUUUGCCCUUCAGGCCUUUGCCGUGCAGAUGAGACACAAGGGACCUCCCAAAGUAGUCUCCCUGGGGCUUCCUACAGCUACACAGGUAUCAGAGGGAGGACAGAGGAAGACACUGAGGUAGAGGAUGAGGCUGUUAGUUGCAGUGAGGGAGAACAUGAGACUGAAGCUGUGAUGGGGCGCAGACAGCAGGCUGCAGCGGGAGACCCAAAUAGACCUUUGGGAGACCCAGAGGCAGGACAACCAUCAGAUGUAGGCGAUCUGACCUCCGCACUUGAAGAAUGUAACUUAAGCACCUUUCUUUACAUAGACAAGCUUUCUACAUCAGAAAUGGUUAUGGUUCUUGAAAGUUGUCAGUUAAAGGAUUAUAGUUCAGGGGCCUCUGUUUCAGAUUGUUCUAGCAAAGGAACCCUAAAUGAAGAAAUGAACAAGGAGUUAAGGCAAAGUGAGAUCUCCACAAAGAAAUGUGGGAAGAGGUUCUGUGAAGAAGAGCUACUCAGUGCCUCGGAAGAGUGGGCGGAGUCAGAAGGAGAUGACUGUUGUGGCAGCAAAUCAUGCCAAGAUGCUCAGUGCCCUCUGGAAGUACCAUCCGAUGUUCUCACCAAGACCGGGGAAGAGCUUCACACAAACCCUGUGGACUGCGGUGGCAAGGACCCUGAGCAUGCAUUGCCCGUACACACACAUCACAACCAGGCAGCUGAAGACCUGACAGAAAAUGCUCUGCCUGAGGAAACGUCCAGCUCCAUGCCCCACACUGCUCAAUUGCCUGAGCCAUCCCCUGUGGGUGGUGGAGACAGCUCCCCACUAAGGAGCAGGUCUGACGCUGAACACACUCAGAGCAGAGAUGAGGGGGAGCCCAGUUCUGAGGGGAGCCUCAGUACUGGGGAAGAGAGCCUAGCAGAACCUGGGGAGCUGUUGACCCUGAGUUCUGACUCUCCAGCCCAGCCCAGGUUAGAGCAGAGUUCUGAAUGUAUGGCAGAGACGGCAUUUCACUACCAGAUCUCUGCAGUGACCUCUGAAGUUAUCAGUGUACUUAUAAAUAAGGAUCAAGACCUGGUGAUUGAAGAGGGAGACAACUGGACUAUCAUCAGUGGUGUGGCCAUCUCCCCUGGCAUGGAACAAGUAGUUCUGUGUGACACUCUUGGGGAUGCUGCUCCCUCCCAGGCCCAGGAAGACCUAGACGAUGGUUCUAUGGAGAAGUCCCCCGGAGCCAGUCCUUCUGGCCCUCUACCUCAAGAGCCUCCAUGUGGUGGUGAUCUCUCUGGUGCCCAGGAGGAUGUUUCCAGCAGUGGUCAGAGUGUCAACUUUGAUAAGAGUCGCCUUCGGAACAGACCUGUGAAACCUAGCAUCUGGAUUCGUUCUCAGAUAUAUGACCAGACACUUGAGACCGAGAAAGUUACAUCUGAUCACACAUAUUAUAACUGGAAAUUAGAGCCACUUUGUAAAAAUAAACCUCGAUCAAAGAUUUCCAACAAAGAUCAAGCAAGUAAGCUCACAAAGACACCAGGACUCAACAGAGGAGAAGUGCACGUGAGUGAAGUCCCUCAGCCAGUAUCGGGAGAAAGAACAAAUACACAAACACCAAGAAGCCAAGCGCAGCCCACCACAGCAGGUACAGAUAUGUCCACCCCCACCAACUGUUCUCCUGACACUCUGAGCAAGAUCCGGCAAGAAGUGGGGCCGCCAUUGCCUCCCUUGCUCCCCCCACUAAUAGCGACACCUCCAAGGACAUCACGGACACUGUCUCCUCUGGUACCAAGUUCUAGUCCAUCCUCAAGGUCCUCACCUGCUGGCCGUGUUUCCCCCUUAUGUGAAGUUCCAGGGCCUCCUGUGUUGUCUCCAUGGCCUGAGGAACUCCAGCAGGCCUCUCCACUGGAUCCCUCUCCAUCCCCAUCCACAGCAACAGCUAGUGGAAGGAUAGUGUCCUCUCCAUUGCAGUUCUGUGCUGCUACACCAAAGCAUGCACUUCCUGUGCCUGGCCGACUCCCAUCCUGUGCGCCAGGCCAUACGGCUGUGAGUGGGCCACAGGAAAAUUCUGUAAAAAUCCUUGACACCAUGUACCCAGAAUUAUCUGCCAGAGCCCGGACCCUCAGCCUCCUCAAAGGGAACAUGCAGCUCUCCCGAAGCUCCACUGUGGAUGGAAAGGUGUUACCAGGCCGUGUCAGUGCUCUCCUAGGACUCAAAGCUAUAACCUCAACAUCAACAGCAUUUGUCCUGACAGGCAGCAGCUCUGGUGGUGACAGUAACCAAGGUAAGUCACAGGAUGCAGGUGGGAAAAGAACACUAGCAGUAUCCAUGUUGAGGAGCGCUAAAAGACUGCGCCUAGACAACGAGUCUCCGGAACCAGACACCAGGGAGGUCACUGGGGAAGGAGUCCCCAAGGACCCCCAAGGAGGAAUCCCACCGGCUAAAGUCGUACCAGCUGAGGAAGAGCAAACUGAUGUCCCAGGCUGCAGUUCAGCGCCACUUCUGCGAGUAAAUCCAAGGGAGAUGGCAGAGUCAUAUAAAAUAGCCAUAACUCGGGCUCUGAGGAAGAUUGCUGAGUCCUCCUUUGACCUGCUACCUGUCAUUCGAAGUCACGUGUAUGUGGGGAACAUCUCCAAAAAGCCUGUCAUGAGAGAUCAAGAGAAAGAAGUUGUUUAUGAGUUUAGCACAACAAACAAGCAUUUAGGAGAAUACUUACUUCGCUCUAUUCUCUCAGAGCUAAAGAUUCAGAAGACAUCUCUGGACCACAGUUACAUCCAUGCACUGUGCAGAGUGUAUGUGGGCAUUUGUCGGCAACUUGGAGACUUAGAAAGAGCUCGCUUGUUCUGUUACAGCCUUCUGAAGGAAGAUUUUCCAGAAUCUGAGAAGUUGACUCUGUUUAUUGCCAACAUGUGGCGGGAAGUGUUUCUCUCCCAGUCAGCCAUCAGUGACGCGAUGCAGCUGGUGGCCAGGCAGCGUGCCAGAGGAGAGGUUCUGAACUGCUUGAGAGCGUUCCUGAGCUGGGAAAAGAAUGCUCCUAUAGAUGUUGGGAUCGUAGUUUCUAAGCUGCUUCUGACCAUACAGCUAUGCCCCAAAACAGAAUUUCAGUCGAGUGAGGAGUUUGGCGAAGACCUAAGUGCAAACAUCUGGGAAUACAUAUUUGCCAUUGAUCUCCUCUGCUGCCACCAGAGAUGGAUCUGGACGCAUGACAACAUCAUAAGUAAAGAGCUGUGGCCUGUGAUGGAUAAGUGGAUCAAAUACAGGAAAGGACAUUCAAACAUCGCGUACACCCCUGAUAUCAUUGUGGCAUCUGUGCUGAGACUGAUUGGUCGAUUAGGUCAAUUAGGUUUGAAGGAAGGAUUUCCAACUGCUGUGAAGAAUAUCAGUUCAGUUAUUGGCAUGUUCAUACAACAUGCUCAGGAUGAAGAUAUCCCAUGGGGUGUACAACUUGCAGCUGUGUAUGCCCUUUGUGACUUGAGUCCUAGCAAUCCAGCAGAGAUAUCCAAGAUUCUAGAAGCUUGGCGGACACAGACUUCCAACACUAUUCCAUCAGCAAUUGUCAGCUGCCUGGAAGAGGUUGGCUCUCUGAGUACUGAUGGCUCAGCAGACUCUCCAAGCAAAGGAGACUGUACACCCUGAGAGAGACAGGAGGGUUACCAGAUGGCCAUGGCCACUGGGGAGAGAAGCGCUUUGGCAAGCUUUACUGUAAAGGACUUACUUACCUGUCUUCAGCAGAGAAAGGCGCGAUGCAGAUGACACAGGAGCGCGCCUUCCGGUGUGAUGAGGACAGAAACAGGCAGCUGCCUUUCCCUUACACCACAUGCAUUUCAGUUAUGGCUGUAUGGUCACAGACAUAUCGAUUGUAUUAUUGUAUCUUGGUCAAACAACAAAAACUUGAACUUAGCCCUUUUUAUUUUUUGGCUGCAAAAAGUGUCCUUUUUAGUGGCUUUUAAAGGUUGAGUGGCAUUUUUUUUUAUAAUGAUCUUAAACGUACAAAUACAUGAUUUGGUAUCUGAGUCACUUUUAGAGUUUAUGCUCAAAUAAAUGGCUAGAUAAAAGCAUAUUGGCUUUUAAAACAUAGAACUAAGUGAGUCUCCCUGUCGUAGCUGAAAAUGGCUGCAGAAGUUCUACCACAGUGUGGUGCACAGCUACCAUAGUAGGACAAAUUUGGUGGAAGUGUACAUGAGUGUGUUUCUUCCCAUCUCUGAAUGUCCUGAACCAUAAAUAUCAGGAUUAACGGACAGUGCAAGACUCCCAUUUGGCUGUGCAGAGAUGACCAGUCUGAGGGAGCAGCAGAGCCCUGUGGGCUGUGUGCGUAGGGACAGCUCUGUGGGCUGUGUGCGUAGGGACAGCUCUGUGGGGUGUGUGCAUAGGGACAGCUCUGUGGGGUGUGUGCAUAGGGACAGCUCUGUGGGGUGUGUGCAUAGGGACAGCUCUGUGGGGUGUGUGCGUAGGGACAGCUGUGUGGGGGUGAAUACAGGCAAUGCUAUCUAUGAUGUGUCUCACAUUGGAUGAUAUUCCACUUUCGGAAUUUUUUAUUUGUAUAUAGAAAUGGGUUUAAUAACUCACUGUGAUUCUGAUUUGUCUUAUAUUCAUCAUUUCUUAAAACUCUUGUAUGUGUUUUUAUAAUAAAAAAAUAAAACAAGCCAUA